CUGAAGGGAUAUCUUAAGAAGUUCCGGGAUACAUCAGCUCCAGUUUUUUUUUUUUUUAAAGCACGAGGCAGUAGUUGCACUCUAUGGCCCACACACCUGGUGCCGACCCCUAGAACUGACCAACCCAAUAAAUUCUGUAUAGGCAAGGCUCCAUUAAUCACCGUGGUGGCCUCCUUCACACGUUUUGACCUCACAUCAACGCUGCUCCUCCCAACUAAAAGCCUCUCGCCCUGGGCGCUUUAUACUGUAGUUUGUUGCGAGUCCUUUUUUUCUGGGCAACAGGCAGGCAGGCUGGCAGGCUGGGCAGAGCAGGGCAAGGCGAGGCACUCCUGCCUGGUUGGGGAGAGACGGGGCGGGGCUCCUGGCUUGUUGUUCGUCACUUGGUGUAAAGCCCGAGCAAAUCUCUGGAGAGAACAAGGAGCCCAUUCAGAGCGGCCGCAAGGGGAGCGGCGCCGAUCAGUGGCCAGAAGGGCGAGGGGCGCCCCGCGGGACUGGCUUUCCUGGGGAUUCCGGCGGGCUGAGCAGCAGCAGCGGCGGCGGCGGCGGCAGGACUCGGCGGCCACUGGCUCUUCGGGGAGGGCAAAAUGCUUUCGCUUUUCUACCUGUGCCUCUUGCCUGGGAUCGCCCGCGCCUUCAACCUGGACACGGAUCACGUCGUCAAAUGGGACGGCGAACCCGGCAGCUUUUUCGGAUUUUCUCUCGCCAUGCAUCAGCAGCUGAACCCCAACAGGAGGCUCUUGCUGGUUGGUGCACCUCGACAAAAGGCUUUCCCAUUGCAACAAGCCAACAGAACUGGAGGACUGUUCAGCUGUAACAUCGAAACUCCAGAACUACCUUGCACACGUAUCCAGUUUGAUGAGACAGCUGACCCAACAAAAGAAAGCAAAGAAGAUCAAUGGAUGGGUGUAACUGUGCGAAGUCAGGGGCCAGGUGGGAAAAUUGUGACCUGUGCACAUCGCUACGAGAAAAGGUAUUAUGUCAACACUGAACAGGAAACCCGAGACAUCAUUGGGAGGUGCUACGUGCUGAGUCAGGAUCUUUCCAUUUCCAUCAAUGAGUAUAUGGAUGGUGGGGAAUGGAGCUUCUGUGAUGGACGGCUGAGGGGCCAUGAGAAAUUUGGCUCCUGCCAACAAGGUGUCGCGGCCACAUUUACCAGAGAUAAUCAUUACAUUGUAUUUGGUGCACCAGGGACCUAUAACUGGAAAGGCAUGGUGCGUGCAGAGCAAAAGAAUCACACCCUUGACGAAAUGGGCAUAUUUGAUGAUGGGCCUUAUGAAAUUGGGGGUGAAAGCCUGAAAAAGGAGUCCCUGGUUCCUGUUCCUGCUAACAGUUAUUUAGGGUUUUCUUUGGACUCUGGAAAAGGGAUCGUUUCUAAGGAGGAGGUCACUUUUGUUUCUGGUGCUCCGAGAGCCAACCAUAGUGGGGCGGUGGUCCUUCUGAAAAAAGACAGUGACAUCCAGCGGGCCUUGUCCUCUGUACACAUAUUUGAAGGCGAAGGGCUUGCCUCUUCCUUCGGCUAUGAUGUGGCUGUUGUGGACCUCAACAAUGAUGGUUGGCAAGAUAUUGUGGUUGGAGCCCCACAGUAUUUUGAAAAAGAAGGACAAAUUGGUGGUGCUGCAUAUGUGUAUAUUAAUCAGGAAGGCAAAUGGGACAGAGUAAACCCAAUUCGCCUCAAUGGAUCUAAAGAUUCCAUGUUUGGGAUUGCAGUUGAAAACGUUGGUGAUGUUAAUAAAGACGGCUUUCCAGAUAUUGCUGUAGGGGCUCCUUAUGAUGGAGAGUUUGGCAGGGUAUACCUCUAUCAUGGCUCCAGGGAUGGAAUUAAAACAACACCAGCACAGACUCUUGAUGGCGCGACAAAUAAUGUGAUAUUCUUUGGGUAUUCUAUCACUGGAAAUAUGGAUCUUGAUGGAAACUCUUACCCUGACAUUGCUGUUGGAUCUCUUUCAGAUACUGUUUCAGUUUACAGGUCAAGGCCUGUAAUAAGCAUUAAGAAAACCAUUACGAUCUCUCCAGACAGAAUUGAUCUGAAUAUGAAGAACUGUGAAGUGUCCAGUAGCCUUUGCCUGAACAUUAGAUCAUGUUUUGAAUAUACAGCUAGCGAGCCUAACUUCAAUCAAAAAAUAAUUUUGAACUAUACAUUUGAAGCAGAAAGUGAGAGGAAGCAAUUAGGCUUGCCAUCAAGAGUGCAUUUUUCUAAGCUUCGCUCUGUUCCAUUUAGUGGAAGUGUAACUCUCAAAGGACAGAAGGUGGAAGAGUGUGUGUCUAGCAGGCUCGAAUUAGAGGAAAAAAUCAAAGAUAAAUUGCAUCCAAUCCGUGUAUCUCUUAGCGUUGCAAUUCAUAGUCCUGAGACCUCUGUAAAAUCCAGAAGAAGACAGGGAAGGUCACUGCCAGAUCUUACCCCAAUUCUCGAUGCCAAUGAGCCCAAAACUGUGCACUCAGAGGUGCAGUUUCUGAAAGAAGGCUGUGGAUCAGACAACAUAUGCCACAGCAAUUUGAAGAUGCAAUACAGAUUUUGCAUCAAAGAAGGAAACGAGGACAGAUUUGCCUAUUUCCCCAUGGAAAACAAUGUUCCAGUGCUUGUUCUCAAAGACCAGAAAGAUAUCGCCCUUGAAAUCACAGUGACGAACAGUCCUUCUAGUGCCAUGGACCCUCUGAAAGACGGCGAAGAUGCUCAUGAAGCGAGAUUUGUAGCAACCUUUCCAGACAGUUUGACUUAUUCUGCUUUCAGGGAGUGGAAGAGCUUUCCGGAAAAACUCCUCUCCUGUGGUGCUAAUCCAAAUGGUUCUCAGGUGGAGUGUGAACUUGGAAAUCCUUUCAAAAGAAAUUCUACUGUUACAUUUUAUGUGAUUUUAAGUACAACCAAGGUUAACGUUGAUACGAAAGAGCUGGAUAUCAAUUUGAAACUGGAAACGACAAGCAAUCAGACUAAUUUGGAACCAAUUACCGCGAAAGCUAAAGUUGUUAUUGAGCUGCUUUUAUCACUUACAGGGGUUGCUAAGCCUUCCCAAGUGUAUUUUGGAGGUAAUAUCGUUGGGGAAAGUGCAAUGAAAUCUGAAGAUAAUAUUGGUAGUUUAAUUGAAUAUGAAUUCAGGAUCACAAACUUAGGUAAACCACUGAAAACAUUUGGUACAGCUUUCUUGGAAAUUAUGUGGCCAAAAGAACUGAAAGGAGGGAAGUGGUUGCUGUAUUUGGUUUCCAUUCAUUCAAAGGAAUUAGGAGAAUUACAGUGUACUCCUGAAAGUGAAAUAAACCUUUUGAACGUUCAGCGGUCUCAAAAUUCACGGAUAAAACGUGAAGUUGCAGAGAAGCAGAUAGAGGGUAGCAAAAGCUUUUCUUUGUUUGCAGAAAGAAAGUAUAAGACAUUGGAAUGCAACGAAGAGGCAAACUGCGUCAACGUAACAUGUUCCUUGAAAGGCUUAGACAGUAAAGCCAUAGUAGUACUACGCUCAAGGUUGUGGAACAGCACUUUCCUAGAGGAAUUCUAUAAAAUGAACUAUCUAGACAUUCCUGUUAGAGCUAGAAUUGGCAUUUCUGCUGCGGAUAACGUCAAGCUGGCAAAUGAAGCUACGAAUGUACGAGUUACUAUCUUUCCUGCAAAAACAGUAGCUUUAUAUAAAGGAGUUCCUUGGUGGAUCAUCUUGGUUGCUAUUCUUGCUGGGUUAUUAAUGCUUGCUUUGCUGGUGUUCUUAUUGUGGAAGUGCGGGUUCUUCCAGCGUUCCAGGUACGAUGACAGCAUCCCCCGCUACCAUGCUGUAAGAAUUCGGAAGGAAGAAAGGCAGAUUAAAGAUGGAAAAGCUAAAGAGAACCAUGCAAAAAAACAGUGGAUCACAAAAUGGAAUGGAAAUGAAAGUUAUUCCUAGGGAUUCCAGCUAAAAUCCCAGAUUGGAUGGAUUUUAAAUGUCUUUGAGCAACAUGAUGGAUGCAAGUGGAGGACCUGUUUGUUUUAUAAUAAUUAUUUUCAUAUCAAAGUUGUUUGGGGUUACAGAUCUAAAUUUUAAGACUCCCUAAACCCACUUCUUGCAUUAACUAAUCUCUAGUCUUUUGGAAAAAAAAAUGCAGUUAAAAUCCAAAUUAUCAGCCCAGAAAGGGAUACUCUCCUUUUGGUGAAAUUGAGCUAUAUUAAUUUUUCCCAGGUAACGGAUUUUUUUCCUUCCACCUUGGUCUUGAGAGACUCCCCUUGGGCCACGAAAAAAAUUAAUGAAACUGGCUGUGUGGGCAAGGACAUCUGGCCACGGUCUAAAGGAGAAGAGAAGCAAAGUAGCCUGAGUUGUGUGGUUUGUUAGAAUACUCUUGGCAAAAUUUGACUGAACUGCACAAUUACAUUUUAUUUCCAAAGUCUGAAUUAUGUGUUAGGUCAAGUCUUAAAAUUGUUUCUUUGAUCCCACUUUCUUGCAUUGCUGGAACUUCUCUCACCAGAUGUAAGAUAGCAAGAUAAUUUUCCUAAUGACGAAUGGUUCAGUAUAUUUGUCUUCACUAUUUAAGUAUCAGAAGAGAAUACUAGUAUUUUGUCAGGAAAAUUAUAUGGAACUCCAAGUGAGAUACAGAAUAAUGUAAACCAUAAUUCUUUCUCACUUUGUGGAUAUUUCUUUUGUCACUGAAUGCUUAAAAUAAAAAUGGAGGUUUCAGACUUGCCUGCCCAUCAUGACAUUAAGAUUUUCUCCUAUCUCCCAGCCCAGAAUAUGUUUACUUUAAUCCCACUACUUUCAUGGCUGAUUGAUUAUUCAGAAGUGAGAGAUAUGGACAUAUGAACAGAAGUUAAUAAUUUACAUUAAUAGGAUAAAACCGUGACAUUAAGAACUGGUUCUAACCUCAGGAAGAUUAGCUUGUAGUAUGUAACUCUGUUCAGUUUUAGGAACUGCAAUGUUUGGAUUUUUUUUGCUUUUAAGAGGUAAAUUGCUGGAAAAAGUGCAUAUUAAGGGAAGUAAAUAUUUGCUAAUAUUUAUAACUUUGGCGGGGUUUUUUUUUUGCAGUAGAUAUCUAUGAAAUAGUGAAUGAUCUAGACUUAGUUGCAUUUUGAUCCUGUUUGAAACCAUGGGACCUAACUGCAACUAAUUUCAUCUGGAUCCAAUUCUUUAUAUUGACGAAUUGAUGCAAUGAUGUAUGGCUGAAUUUCUAAAGGAAAACUCAAGUUAUCUUAUAAUCAUGUUCUCCUAAAAGCCUUCUUGUUUAGAAAGAGUAUUUUAUGUUUCUGAGUAGGGAGACCUUGACAUUCUGCAUCUGUUUUAAAGGCACUGUUUACUUUGAUUAUUGUACUAAUACAGUGUGCAGAAAAGAGUUUAUCAGUCCCGCCAUUACACACAGUGAUAUGGACAUGUGUUUUUCGGGUAAAUUUAUGGUCUCUAAAUCUGCUAAUUCCGUGUUCUAAGACUAGUGUGUGAGCACCAGGUUUAAAAAACAAAUUUUAAUGUGCAAUAGGUCAUGUUUUAGUAAUGUUUUAAAAAUCAGCAUUGCUGAAUGUCACUUACACCAAAUAUAUACAGCUUUUCCAGUGACGAUGUGCAUCAGGGCUAAUAGAGCAGACUACUUUCACCUCUGAAGCUGGCAGCCACAAUUGCCGGCAAAGCAUUAGGAUACCGAAGAAUUAGGCCACAUUCUAUUAGCCCCAAAACUCCUCCCCAUUGGAUUAACGCUGGUUAUGAAAGCCUGCAUUGAUAUAUACAUAGGUUUUGUCUUUUAAAAGCUUGAAUAUUGGUUGUACUUUUUGUAUAUACUGUAAGUCAUUCUUAUAUAUUUAUUUUUACCAUAAAUCUUUGUCUUUAAUGGUUAAGCCAAAGAUUUUUAAUUAAUGAGCAAUAGCAUAUCAAGUUCAGUGAAUAAAAAUGAACUUUUUUCCACCAAAUGUGCCAAUAACUUUUAAAAUUCCAAUGAUCAGAAUAUUCUCAGAACCUCUUCUUUACACAUUUCUAAAUUAUGUACUAGAGAUGUAUCUUCUAAGUAAUUUGUGCGCUAAUGCAUACUUACAGAUAUUUAUAGAAGUUUUAUAUGACUAACUUAAUUAAAAAAUAUAGCAAGUGCUCAUUGGGAGUGGGGGAGGGACAGAGUUUUCUUUGUUCUGUAUUUGGAACAAGGUUAAAUAGUACAGAAGCUAUAGCACUUGAACCAAAAUAUAAAUUCACUAAAUUAACUAUGGUAUUUUAAUGGACGGAUUAAGGACUACUGAGUAAUUUCCUACAUUCCUAAAAUUUAAGAAUUGUUCCAUACAAAAUGCCAUUUGAAACUUGUAAUAAAUGUAACUGCAGUCUUAUCAUAUCAAAAUAUUGGUACUGAUUAAGUGUUAUAUACAUAUGCUAGCAUUUACAGUGUAUGAAAUACCAAUGGUCCAUCAGAAGAAAGAUUUUGGAACUAUGCAAUGCAUGGCUUUGCAAUUUAAUUCCAUGUAGGGCGUUCAGAGCGCAUGGGACCAAACAUCGCACUAUUUGUAGCUCUGUGAAAGUAGCCUUAUCUUUUCCUGUGAUCACUCGGCAGCUCCGGAAAAUAGCUGUACAAUCCUAGGAAAAAUCACAACAGCGUAGAGCUUUAGAUGGAUGCUGCAUUUAUGGUCUUGUGUGCCCUGAAGUGCUUCCUUGGAAUCAAAUCUGAAGCAUAGCAUAGCGUUGACAGAUGUUAACAGAUAAAAACUAUGCAAACCUGUAAGUAUAUAUCUUAAAGAAACAGGUAUUAUAUGUCUUCUGCUGUGUAGUUCAGUAUAAAAAUAUGUUGGUUUGGUGCAGGAUGAUAGUUGGUUCCAAGCUUUGGUUUCUAGCUAUUAAUGUCAAUUUCUAUCAUUCCACUUUUUAUGGUUAUCCAAAUAACUUUUUGACCACCCAUUUUAUACAGAUUAUUUUUCAUAAAGCUUUUUUAACUUAAAAGGUAUAAGCUCUUUUUUGAAGCUUCAGGUACAAAUUUGGUGCCUGACAUUAAUCCACUAAAUGCUGCUGUGGUGUCUCCUCCAUCCAUUUUAUUUAUAUGUGGCCCAUAAAAAUAAAUCUUAGGUAUGAUGGAUAAAUUUUAUUUAAAACUCUAUCUCUGUAAUGGGCUUAUUGAACCGAAAAAGUAACUGAAACACUACUAUAAUUUUUCAUUAAAACUAACUGGUUAUUCUGGUGGUUUGUCAGAAAAAAUAAAUAUGUAAUCAAUAAGUAAAAGUAUCAUCUUGAGUCACAUCACUGGUAUAUAUUUAUUUUCCACAUUAAUUGUUACUAACAUCUAAUGUUGCAUCAUGCCUGAAAAUUACCUGUGGAUAUGUCUAUAAACAUGUGAAAUAAAUUUUAUAUGAAAACA